GGGAUAAGAAGGGAAGCAAGAAGAGGAAGACCAAGAAGAAGCAGCAGCUAACCAAAUCCAGAUACUUCACCAAGAUGGAGCACGCCAAGGAGAAGAUGAAGGACGGCGCGAGCGCGGCCAAGGCGAAGUCGACCAUCACCAAGGCCAAGGUGGCGGAGAAGGCCGAGGCGGCGACGGCGAGGUCGCACGACGAGCGGGAGCUGGCGCACGAGCGCGGCGCCGCCAAGGUCGCCGCCGCCGAGGCGCAGCUGCACCAGGACAAGGCCGCGCACCGCGAGGACGCCAUGUCGCACCACAUCCACAAGCACGGCGGCCACAAGCACGGCCACUGAUAUGAUGCGCAGGUUGGCAGGCGCCGCCGGUGAACCCUGAAUCCCUGAUAGAGACGGCUUGUAAGGGCGUGAUCUGGCGUGAUGUGAUUUUCCCUGUUCUUUUCACUGCCGUGCGUGCAACGUGCGCGUGACGUUCGUGUUUGUGUUGUGUCGAUUUCGCACGUACGUACGUCGGGCUUAAUUAUCUCGGAGAUUAUAAAACAAGAGCUAGCUGCUUGCUCGGA